GCGGAAUUAAAGACUUUCAGCCAAUCAGGUCGCGCAGACACUGUGCUGCCCCUCAGACACUCAGACAUGGCGCUACGGGAGCUAUCAUCGCUGGAGAGAUAUUUAGGAUUAAAAAAGCCGAACAAGUACAGCACACAGGGGGAUAAAAAGAUCCCUGUGUUACAGAAUAAUAAUGGCCCUCCACUGGUGGGACUGGUGACCAUCGCUUGUCACCUGGUGAAAGAAGCAAAGCGCCCGGAGCUGCUGGGAGACUCUGCAGAGAGCAGGGCUGUGGUGCAGCAGUGGCUGGAGCACCGAGUCACCAAGCUAGACGGCUGCACCAAGGAAGAUAUCAAGACCGUUCUGAAGGAUCUAAACCUUUACCUGCAGGACAAGGUGUUCCUGGCCGGGAACCAGCUGACUGUAGCUGAUGUGUUCAUGUACUUUGGAAUCCAUCCUCUCAUCGUGGACUUGGCGGUCCAGGAGAAGGAGCAGUACGUGAACGUAACCAGAUGGUUCGACCACAUGCAGCACCACCCCGGCCUCCGACACCACCUCCCUCCUGUAGUUGUUCUCAGGAACAGAAUUUACACAAGCAGACACCACUGAGACCCGGCCCACCUGACCCACCGGACCCACCUGACCCAGACAUCUUCAUCAUCAUCAUCAUCAUGGUUACAUUUGAAGAUAGCUCCUCUCUCCACCUGUGUUUUGUUCUUUUAAUGGAUCAUGAUUCCUGCCUUAAUGUUCUGUCCUCUUCCCCUCCUCAAACCUGUGGUUGUUCUUUGGGUUUUAAAUCACACGUUUAACCGUGAAGAUCAAAGAAGCUUGUUUUAAUGUCGGGGGAAUUCUUGCUAAUAAAGUCUAGUUCAUUUUGUGUUCUUUAAAAAUGUGGAUGUUUUAAAUGGUUAUGAUGUUAUCAGAGUGACUGUCGUCUUAAAUAAGGGCUGGGAUAAAGGAUGAAGCCUUAAACGUGCUAACACUGUUAAUAAGAUGUUAGCUAACUGAACCAGAACACAGUAACGGUGUGAGACAGAUGUGUGUGUCUGUUAUGGUGGUUGUAGUUUUUGCUGGCUGUUCAGAUGUACACAUGUAUAUGUUUGUUUAAAGGGAAGACUUUAAGGGUGAUGAAGUAAAAAGCUACAGGCGUGUUUUUGUUUUUGUUUGUUUUGUAUUUAUGAUAAUCAUUGUUUGAUCUGAGCCUUGAACAUGUGACAGGAAGGAUCACAGGUUAAAUCCAGACUUAAGACAAUGUUACUUAAUGAGGCAGCCUCCUUCAUGCCAUAUCAAUGCAUCUCCAGCAACAGUUAGUCCACAUAGAUCUGGCUGCUGGUUCAACAUAACCCCAUAAUGACCACAGUCACUGCUGAGUCCACAUACUCUGCCAUCCUGGCCCCGAUGACUGUAGUCCUCUCUCUCGGCGCAUCAUGACUCUGCUGUUUGUUUUGUUUUCUGAGGAUUUUAAUGUUUCACAUGCGACUCUCAGCCAUCUCAGCAGACAGAGUCGUGUCUGUGUGCGAGUGUGUGUUUCUGAUUACAUCCCCUCUCUCUGUCUCACUUCCUCUCCACCAGUCAGUGUGGGCAGCAGUGAGCACUUGAGCGUCAGAGUCAGAGAUCAGAGUGAGGCUCCAAUCAGUCCCACUACCACCACUGUUGAUGCUGCAGGCCACAGAGAGGGCAGCGGGCUCACCAGCUGCCACACAGAUCCAGCCAGCCAAGGCCAGAACCCGGGCCCCAGGGCGACAGUCAGCCACUGUGUGUCAUUUCAACCCUCACGCUCCCAAGGGGGCUACUGGAGAGAGAGGGAGGGAGAGGGAGGGAGGGAGAGGGAGGCCACUGAGAGAGAAAAAGAGCACCCAGAGGCCGAGGGAUCUUUUUGUGACGUGAACAAUGAUCCGUGCAUCUGAAAGCCUUUCUGCUGCUGGCUGGAUGUUUGCUAUUAGCACCAUUAACAAGUCAAGUUGUGGCAGCAGAACCUGCUAAUGAAUAUGACGGAGGUAAUGAUACAUAAAGAACCGUCUGCAGAUAUUAACAAAUAACAUCUUACUGACCUGACAUGAUGCAAGGAGCUGUGAGGUAGACGUGAUCUCUAGGGGUGUAAUGAUUCUUUUAAACAACGCUUUGAUUCGUAUCAUGAUUCGUGGUUGUUGAUACGAUUAAAGGAUGAUAUUGGUUCAUUUAGAACGAUACGAUCCGAAACGAUUCAGUGACUUGAAAUCGAUUCAGUAAUUCAGCCAAAAAUUCAUCCUGUGUGACUGUGGAAUAAAUCCCUUGAUACUGGACAGUCCUAGAGUCCUGUUGUUGUUGUUGUUGUGGUGUUUUUGGCCGGAGCCGAGUUUUGUCCUAGUCUCUGACUAAACAUGCUGGAGAGGCCUGAGGCUUCUGCAGAGCUGAUGUUACCUUGAUGAACGCUGCAUGAGGUGCCUGGACGGCCGGCGUUGUCUGAAAUCCCAUGGCGCCUUAGUAGGUGGUUGGAUAGAUUUGUGGUGUUGCCGUGGUAACUUUACUUGACCUUUACAUAUCCUACAAACAGUGAGCGACUUAUUUAGAACAUCUCUGUCUUUGUAAAAGCCAAAGUGUUUCCACACACUGGACCACAAUGGUGUCUUGAUCAUUUCUGGCUCGCCGGCUUCUCCUCUGUUGUCCUCCAUGCUAUGUUUUGUUGUCUGCUGGCGCGUGGCGAUGACGUCACAGACAGGCAGCCUGAAUUGAGUAAAGUUUAACGUCUUUAUCAUUAAAAGUGUAAAAAAAACACAUCCAUAUAAAGUCUGCCGUGCUUAAAUCCAAUGUGUUAUUUCCUAGUAUGGAUACAAUCCAUUUAUUACCUUUUAAAACAAUGUUAGAUUGAUAUGUCGUCAGGAAGGCCGACUUGCUGAGCACAGAUCCAUGUAGUCGGAUCAUAGGAAUAUAAAUCCAUACAUCGAUGUAGUAGAUGAAUUGAUACACCCCUAGUUAUCUCUGAUAAUAGUAUCCUGUUAUUCCUCAUGGUCUUCACUUAAAAUGCUCCUUUAUCAGCCACGUGUUAAUCCCCCCCACACACACACACAUCAGUGUUUGUGGCUUCAGUGUUUUCUUUAACAGAUGUAAGCAUGAUGUUCACCCUGUUUCAAUAAAUCAAAGCGAUACAGCUCA